UUGGCUGAGCUCUACGAUAACGACGACGAGGAGAAGAGGAAUCUUGAAAAAUUGGAACAACAAAUUCGUCGACUGAGAAAUCGUCGUGAUAAUUGUUUGGGAUGUUUCGACGCAAUCUUUCUAGUCUGAAAAAAUUAUUAUGAUACAUUAUUUGCAAAGUCCUUGGAAAUUUGGGAAAAUUUUGAAACAGUGAAUUUUUUAGAAAAUGAAAAAAGGAGUUUACCGGUUUUCUGAGAAUCCUGGAAAAUUAGAAUUAAUUUUGAAACAGUGAAUUUUUGGGUUCUGAAGUCUAGAGAUGAAUCCACGUAAUAAUUUCUAUUUUCCCGAUAAAUUUCAAUAGAUUUUUUGAAACAGUGAAAUUUUUUGAGAUGUUAUUUUUUCACCUGAAAAAGUGUAUAAACAAAACUUGAAAUUAUUGAAAAUUCAAGAAUAGUUUUUGAAACAGUGAAUUUUUUUCAACUAUGGAUUCUCGGAAAUUUAAAUUUUUAGGAUUUCUUCUGAAUUUCCAAAUUUUUUGAAUGAAAAAAAUUUUCGAAAAAAAUAUGUUUUCCCCAAAAAUUUUAAAAAAUUAUUGACGAUUUUUUGAAACAGUAAAUUUUUUUGUUGAAAAUUGUUUCUACUGAACUAUAUAAUUUGAUAUUCAACAAGCAAAAAAAUUAAUUCCAGAAAAUUUUAAAAAAUUUUUGAAACAGUGAAUGUUUUCAGAAACUUCAAUUUCCAUUUUUCUCUAAAAAAAUCUAAUUUUUUUGAGUUUUUUAUAUUUAUUAUUAUGCGAUUUGAAAUUACCAAAAAAUUUUCAUAGAAUUUUUGAAACAGUGAUUUUUUUCAAAUUUAAAUUUUCGAAAAUCGCAUUUGUAACAACAAAAUUCAUCACUUUCUGAAUUUUUUCCUAAAAUUCUGAAACGUAUUUUUCCCUGUGAGACAAAAAAUCCCAUUUUUUCUAUUUAUCUCAGGAAUUUGUAGCUCUCUGAUUUUUUUUUGCUCCAAAUUUAUUUUCAACAGAAAAAACAGGUGAUUCUGAAAGCCACGUCACAGAUUUUUGUCUGGGGACAGAUGAAAUUCAAAAAAGGUUUUGUAAACCUUUGAGAAAAAUUGCGCGUCAUCAGAUAAAAUUAGAGUACUGUACCUGGGUCCUGACACGACAGUAAUCUUUAAAGGUACAAGGUGCUCAUUCGUGAGAUUUUGUAGUUAUUUUUCAGAAAUUAUUUUUAUACAUUUUCGAAAAAUUCUACUGUUUCAAAAAUAAUUUUAAAAAAAAUUUUCUACCAUUCAAUAAUAAUUCGCUCCUAAAUUUUAUCAUCAAAAAUUCGAGGAAAAUUAAUUUUUUGAAAUUUCUUGAUUUUCCAAAAUUUAAUUUUGAAAAAAUUCACUGUUUCAAAAAAUACUUUUAAUUUUUUAAUAAUUUCAUGUUUGUUUCUCUGAAGGCUCAUGGUGGGAAAAAAUAAUUUUAUAAAAAAAUUCACUGUUUCAAAAAUUUUUAAACUUGAUACAGUUUAAAUUUUAAGACAUUAGGAGAUUGGCUAAAAGAAAAAAAACUGGAAAAAAAUACGUUUCAAAAUUUUUUGAAAGAAUUUUGAAAGUGUUGAAUUUAGUUAGAUCUCUAAUUGUGGUUUUCCCAAAAAUUUUUAGCGAUUAGAGAGCUUCCGCAACCUUCCGCAACCUUCCGCGCGCGCGCUCAAAAAACCCACCUCUGUGGCACCAAAUCCUCCUCCUGCUCCUCCCCCACAAAAAUAAACUGAUCCCUCGCAUUUUGCUCUUCUCCAAUAAUUUCCUGCAAAUUUCUCCUAAAAGCCGAUGAUAUUGUAUGCCGUGGCUGAACAUCGAGCUGCCUUCUAACCACCAAAAUUGGUGUCGAUGACUAUAAUUUUCAGCUCCAACAUUUACAGCAAUGAAUUUUCAGUCCAGAAAUUUCAGCAGAAAUCUACUCAAAAAAAGCAAAAUUAUUAGAAACUUUGAAAAAUAUCAUACAAUUUUGAAACAGUAAAUUUUUCAAGCCAACAAAAUUCAGUUCAGAAUUUUUCAAAGCUCUGAAAGUGAAUUGAAUUUUGUCCUCAAAUUCCACGUGGCAAAAAUUUUCAAUUUUCAAAAUUUCAGACGUCUGGUCAGCUGGUUGUGUGAGUUUCGAAUUUUUCGCCAAUCACACAUUAUUCAAGGGAAAAGAUACGGUAGAUCAAAUGAAUCUGGUGAUUACUGUAUUGGGAUAUCCGACAGAUGAAGAUGUUCGAAGUAUGGGUGUGAAAAGGCCGAGAGUGGCGAAAAAGGUUGCGAGAGGAUUGGAACAGAUGGGAAUGGGUUUUGGGAAGGUUUGGGAAGGAUUGAGAUUUCUUUGAAGAUCCGAAUUUUAGAAUAUCAUUUGAAGAUCUCUAUUAUAAAUUUCAUGAAACUAAAUCAAUGAAAAUUGAAUUUUUAUAAAAUUCACUGUUUCAAAAUUUUCAGAAAAUUCUUGAGAUAGCUAUUUUGAUAAGCACAAAAAGCAUUUCUACAAAAAAAUCUGACUAAAUUUUGUGAAACAAAAUUAAUGAAAAUUGGAAUUUUUCAAAUUAUAUAAUGGGCCUAUGCAGAAUAAUAUUUUGUAAUAAAAAAACAUUAAAAAACAUUUUUUUUCCUAUGCAGAAAAACGUCGAAAAAACAAAAUAAAGACAACGUGAAAUUGAGAGAGCGCAGACAUAAAAUGGGUUUUUUGUCUGCACUCUCUCAAUUUCACGUUGUCUCUACUCAAAAUAAUAAACUGUAUAUUUUGUUUUUUCGACGUUUUUCUGCAUAGGAAAAAAAAUGUUUUUUUAUUACAAAAUAUUGUUCUGCAUAGGCCCAUAAUUCACUGUUUCAAAAAUUCAGUUUAAUUUAUUUCACAAAUUAUCAGUGUUGUGAUUUCUGUUGUUGGUUGAAAUUAAUAGAUCUACAUUAAAAUUCAUGGACCAAAUUUUUUCUUAAUUGAACAUUCAAAAAAAAAUUCACUGUUUCAAAAAUAACUGAUUUUUCUUGAAAUUUUUAAGAUUUGCUAUAAUCCCUUUUCCUAUUCAACUAAACAAAAAAUGGAGAUCCUGAUUCAAAAUAAUAAAAAAAACUCACUGUUUCAACAUUUUUAGAAAUAAAAUUCUUGGAAUAGCUAAUUCAAUACUACUUGUCUAAUUAAUGCAAAAAUUAUUUAAAAAAAAUUAAUUAUCCAGAUGGCAAAAUUCACUGUUUCGAAGAAAUCAUAUUCUUUUAUUGUAAAUUUUUCGCUAAUGUUUUAGAAUUUUCUUAUUGAAAUUAAAAUAGACUCGUUUUUUUUUCGAAAAAAAAUCACUGUUUCAAAAUUUUCAUAAAUAAAGUUCUUAGAAUAUCUAUUUUAAUACUUCGAUGCACUCAAAAAAUUACAAAAAAAAAUUAAAUUAUCCUGAUGACAAAAUUCACUGUUUCAAAAAGAACUGAUUUUUUUUUUGAAAUUUUUAAAAUUUGCUACAUUUCCUUUUCCUAUUCAACUAAACAAAACAUAAACAUCCUGAUCCAAAAUAAUAAUAAAAACUCACUGUUUCAAAAUUUUUAAAAAUAAAAUUCAUGAAAUAGCUAAUUCAAUACUACUUGUCUAAUUAAUGCAAAAAUUAUUUAAAAAAAAUUAAUUAUCCAGAUGGCAAAAUUCACUGUUUCAAAGAAAUCAUAUUUUUUAUUGUAAAUUUUUCGCUAAUUUUUACAACUUUUUCUAUUGAAAAUUAAAAUGGACUCAAUUUUUGUUUCUCAAAAAAUCACUGUUUCAAAAUUUUCAGAAAAAAUUCUUGGAAUAGCUAUUUCAAUAAUAAUACUUGUGUAAUUAAUUCAAAAAUUAUUAAAAAAAAAGAAAUUUUCCCGGUGAAAAAAUUCACUGUUUCAAAGAAAUCAUAUUUUUUAUUGUAAAUUUUUCGCUAAUGGUCGAGAGCAUUUUAUUGUGAAAAUUAAUGUGGACUCAAUUUUUUUUCUCAAAAAAGUCACUGUUUCAAAAAAAUUUUGUUACAGUACACAAGUAAUUGUUUGGAAGGAGUUGUCUAUGAUUACCUCAAAUCAAUAAUAAUAAUCGAUCCAAAAAAGCGAAAAACAGCUUCGCAAAUUCUCAAACUUCCAAUUUUCGAUGUUAUUCAAAUGAGACCUCGAGAAAUUCGAAAUUCUGGAAAACCAAUUCCAGAAUUGGAAAAUUUGAUGAAAAUGGAUUAUAGAAGGGAAGAUUCGAGUUCUGAGGAGAGUUCUGAUAAUAAGUAA